GUCCCGAGCGACUACAUACCAAUGCUUGAUUUGUUUUGUAUUGUUUGAGGAAAGCUAGCCGCCAACUGUUUCUCUUAGGUUAGCUUAUCGGGCCGAACAAAACCUGCAACCAAAGCACUAACAACAAUUGAUUUCGCGUCUCAUGUAGACCAUACCAGUGGAGGACGCCGCCGAGCACUGAAGUCCGUUAAUCGACCUAGGGUGACGCUAGUUUCUCAGCCUACCCGUCUUUGACGACGACCCUGAAAGCCUGCGUCGCUCUAUUCCUAAUCCUAAACGCGGCAGGCGCUGCGCCGGGUGUCGCCAGGUCCCCUGGCGGACCGACUCAGCCCCGCACUUACCCGCUAGCUCGUCCCCCGUCGACGAGCGACGCUCCUUGAGCUCCCCAAAUCCAGUAGAUACGCCAUUCUCCACGCUUCUCAGCUUGGCUCAGCCGUUCCUCUCGGAGCAACCGCAACCGCGGCCAGCCAUCCUACCCAUCAUCCACAUCAACCCAUCAUCAUCUCCACCACCAGCACACAACCAUGGUUGACGCGGUAGCAUCGCAGCAGCAGCUGCACAAGAUCCUGCUGUCAUGGGAUUACUUUGAGCUGUGGAAGCGCUGCGAGGCGGGCGGCGGUGUCUAUGAGGAGCUGAAGCCGGUGCCGCAGACAUUCGCAAGCAUCAAGGCCUACCAGGCGGUGAUGGAGCCGCUGCUGCUGGAGGAGUGCUGCGCGCAGAUCAUGCGAGGGGUGGAGGAGGGGGAGGUCAUGACGCCACACCCGGCGGUGGUGGCAAGCCAUGAGCAUCGAGAGGAGUUCCUGGUGGUCCGACUGGUGAUGCAGGCGGGUGUCACGGAGCUGUACACGGAUAACGACCUGGUUCUCAUCUGCAAGGAGAACCCGGAGGCGGAGAACGUCAACACGGCGCUGCAUGCGCUGGGGUUCUGUGAGGCGCAUGAGGGGCAGCAGAUGCUGCGGAUCAAGUUCUUCCUGUCCCCGGGCGGUCAGGCGGGCGGGGCGCAGGGGGCGCAGAGGGCUCGCGCCAUGUGUGCGGGUCUGAGCACCCCCUCCUCCUGCUGGUGGCUGCUGCGGCUGGGCAACACCUCCACCAUCACCCGCGAAUGGACGGCGCUGCAGCACGCGCACCUGGUGCCCUUCAUGGACACACUCAUCAGCGGCAAGCCCCGCUCCGCCCCCGCCAGCAAGCACCUGGACAUCCCCCCCGGCAUGCGGGCGGCCAUGGAGCGGGAGUGCAACCCGUCGCAGAUGUCAGCCCUGCAGGCGGGGCUGGACGGCACCCCCGUGGUGCUCAUCCAGGGCCCCCCCGGCACCGGCAAGACGCGCACCAUCCUCAACCUCCUCUCCGUCAUCAUGCACUCCGCGCACAAGAGCAGCAUUGCGGUCAUGACGGCGGCAGCGGGGGCGGGCGCGGGUGGCAAGUCAGCAGACCGUGUGGGUGUAGCUGCACUGCUGCCCCCCUCGCCUGCCGACCGAGCCGACCUCUGGUGCUCCCAGUGCCCCUGGCUCCUGGGCCCCCCCGGCUCCGAAGCCAUGGCAGUAGCAGCAGCCGCCGGGGGUGCCCUGGUAGUGAAUGUACGGGACGAGGUGACGCCGUACGACCCCAUCCCCCCCGGCGCGGGGGUGCACGACGACUGCUUCGGUCUGCUGCGGCGAGUGGUUCCGCACCGGGUGACGCGGCACAUGGGGCCCAAGGCGCAUGUGUUGGUGUGUGCGCCCUCCAACAGCGCGCUGGAUGAGAUCGUGAUGCGUAUCCUUCGUUCGGGUUUGAUGGACAAGGACGGCGCCAACUUCGCUCCCUCGCUGGUGCGGGUGGGGGUGCGCUCGCAUCACAGCGUGGAGGCGGUCAGCUUGGAUAACAUCGUGGAC